AACAAACACUUCACCCAAACUUCUUUCACUUCAGUUCUAAUUUAAAAAGUUUUUACAUUCAGUACCGAACAAAAAAAGGCUUUGAAAAAAGCCCGAACAUCUAAAUAUUUUUUUUGCAAGGAGUUACACGAGAGUCUUUUGAAGGAGUUGAAUGAGCGUGUUAUACAAAGGAAACUCUGAGAGAAAAACACGAUUCUCCUUUUAGAUUAUAGAUAUCGUGGUAAUAUCAUGACAUCUGCAAAUUUUAUCUCUCAAUUCGAGCUCGGAAACGAUUCUUUCUCAUAUGAAAGGAACCAUGAACAUUUCAACGCGUCCAAAGAAGAAGAAACGAAAAGUACAUACACUGACAACUCAAGUCUAAGAAUUUCUAUAAAUUCCCAAGUUUUGCGAGACGGAAAGGUAGUUGAACUAAACGCUAUUGAACUAUCCGGUGUUCGAUACAUUGAAUUGCAAUAUGGUGAACAUGUUGCUCUCCGUCGUUGUUCUGAUUCACAUUUUAAUAUAUCUCAAAUCCUCCGUCUUGCUGGAACAAGCAGCCUUGAGAAUGCCGCAGAAUUGGAUGAGAUUAUUGAAAACGGUGAAUACGAGAACGUCGACAUCAAGGACCCUCGUGUAGAUGGAGUUUGGGUACCCUUUGGAAAAGCUGUCUCUACAGCGAAAAAGUAUGGUGUUUACGAUAUCCUACAGUCUUUAAUAUCGUUCAAUUUGGAUUUGUUUCCAAAGCUGGCAAAAAACUCAGAACACUCCGGGAAGGAGACUCAGGCAGCAUAUCUAUCUAACCGCUUACCUCUAAGAAAUCAUAACCGUAAUGAUCUAUCUAAAAUUGGGAAAGCUUCUCUUUCCUCUAAUAAUGUUGGUACGCUCUCGUCGCCUUCAUUUAUGAACAAGCAAGAGCAAAAAAAUGGAAAGCGUUCAAAUAUAUACCUCUUGGACUCUUCUUCCAUCUCUUCUCCUGAUAACAAUUUGAAGCGACACAAGCUCCAUUCGUCCGACAAUUUGUACUCUGCACCGUAUCCUUCUGCAUACCCCUCUUCCUCACGGCAAGAAGUGCAUUCCAAAAAGGAAAAACUUGAAUUUCCAAUAUCAUUUUCUGCACUGACGGCUAGUCUACCACCCCUUGAUCAAAACGUUAUGCACGACUAUAAUACUUCCAAAGACGUUUUGACCUCUAUAUUCUUAGACCUAAACAAUUCUGAUAUAAAGUUUGUUGAGUCAAAACUGACAGAUCUUUUAGAUUUGGACGUUCCUAUUGACGAGUUAGGUCAUGCUGCUCUACAUUGGGCAGCUGCCCUCGCGAAAAUGCCAUUGUUAAAUGUUCUGAUUAGUAGAAAAGCUAAUUCUUUGCGUGGAAAUUUAACCGGAGAGACUGCCUUAAUGAGAUCUGUUAUGGUCACCAACCAUUUAAACCAGUCUUCUUUUCAUGAAUUGCUUGAUUUACUCUAUCCCUCCUUAAAUUGUAUCGACAAUGCAGGUCGUACAGUUGUUCACCACAUUUGUAUGACGGCCGGAAUUAAGGGUAGAGGAUCUGCCGCCAGAUACUAUUUGGAAACCCUUUUGAAAUGGGCUGACAUUCAUGCAACCCCAAGCAAUGGUUAUACACUUGAAGAAUUCAUACAAAAUUAUUUAAAUUACCAAGACAAAAAUGGAGAUACGGCUGUAAAUAUAGCAGCUCGUAUCGGUAAUAAGACUGUCGUUGAUAUUUUGCUACAAGCCGGUGCUUCUAAAAGCAUCCCUAAUCGGGCAGGUUUAACAGUUUAUGAUUUUGGAAUUUUUGGUGAUGAUGAGACAAAGGAUUUUAAGGAAACUGUCAAGGUUUCGAGCAACAAUUUAGAAAAAGAAAAAUUUGUGAUGCCCGCUCAACAAAAAAGCAAAGACAUUAUUACUUCAGUAACGGAUGUUAUAACAUCCUUAGAUAAAGAUUUUCAAGACGAAAUGGCUGCGAAGCAAUCUAUGAUUGAUAACACAUACACACAAUUGAGAGAAUCUACAAAAAAGUUGGCGGAAUUUCGGGAACAGCUGCGGCGCUCGGAAACUCACUCUCUUAUGCUAUCUGAGUUGAAACAGAGAUGCAAAAACUUAGAAGUAUCAAUAGAAGAGCAAAAGAAUGAGCUACUGGCUUUAGAUGCAAAUUUUAAUCCAGAGAAUAUAUCUGAAAAUAUCGACGCGGACGCAUCUUUCGUGGUAAAUUCUAAAAAUAUACCGUCCCUUACUGAGUUAAAGAUCCGUAUCGCUGCUUACGAACGAAACGAAGCAAGACUUAAUGCCCUUGCUGAAACUCUUCGUCAUCGCAAUACUAAUAUUAAAUCAAAAUGCCGUCGAGUAGUAUCUUUAUGCACUGGCGUUGAAGAAACCAAAGUUGACUCUUUACUCGAAAGUUUAUUACAGGCAGUAGAGAGUGAUGGCCAACAAGGAGAAGUGGAUAUGGGCCGUGUCGCAGGGUUCCUACGGGUUGUGAAGGAGCACCAAGCUUAAAAUCUUCUAAGGUUUAUAAAUAACAGCAUUUAAUGCAAGGUUAGCAGGAAGCAUUCUAAUUUUCAUAUAACUAGUUUAAGAAUAUUCCAUAUGUUAGUACUAAUAAUAAUGAAGACACGU